GUAUUUAUCAUACUUUUCAUUGUUUUGGAUCGAGGCUGUUUAAACUUGUUGUCUUGCAGUUCUGCCGCUACAGAAAAUGUCAAUCUUUUACAGAUCACCUGUUUGGGCAGGCUGAUGUGGUUCAGACCUCAUGAACUUUACGGUGUCAUUGUGAGCAUCAUGUGUGAGUCACGAGGUUGGAAACAAAGGUCACAUAUCACUCUCUGUGCUUGUCAGAAGCAUUCAAGAUGCUGAAAACACCGGACCUGCUCCUGCUCCUCUGUGUUCUCGGGGCAGUGGACGGCCUGUACAAACAGUGGAUUCCUGACACCAACUAUGAGAACAAGACCAACUGGGACAAAGGGGAUGUCCCCUGUGGAAGUGACACGGCUCACUUUCCAGCUCAGAGAAGAGUCGCCGUGUUUGUGGAGACCACCCAUGCCGUGCAGGAGAUGAGGCUGCCAGUCGAUGGAGAGUUCAUUCUGAAUUCUGGGGCUGGAUUUUAUGUUGUGGGCGGACAGGAUCCAGGCUGCGGAGCAGGUGUGACAACGAAGUUUAAGGACUCAGAUUCUCUUCAGUGGUUCAACCCGGCUCUGUGGCAAGCAGCUUCAACCCCGAAUGACCCGCAACAAGGAAAAUUCCAAUUCUCUGUGCAUGAGGAGCGCGUCCCCUGCCAGUACGACGACGUCGUCUUCAAAGCCCACUCCUCUUUCAGGGUGGGCGUCAGCUGCCACCAGUCCGUAGUCCCUGUGAGGUCUUUGUCUGUGCUGGGGAAGACCUUUGAGACCAACUCUGAGUUCUCAGAGUAUCUCAGCUCACACACCGGCCGGCUGCAGUUUCACGGCUCUUCUGUUGUCACAGUGGGAAACCCAAGCUGCGAGGAUCCAUCUGGCUGUGAGUGUGGGAAUUCAGUACACCACCAGCAGAUCUGUAGCUCAACAACAUGUGACUCUGUGAGCUGUGAAAAGCCUCUUCUUCCCGUUGGACAUUGCUGUGUAGUGUGUGGCGCCAUUCUGACCAUCCGGUAUGCCGCAGGCUUCAACCUGCAGAAUUACAGGGAGCGAAUUUAUGACCAGUUUCUUUCUCAGCCUCAAUACAAAUCUAUUCAGGUGGGCGUGUCUAAAAUCUCUAAGCCCCAGCGGUUAUUGGGGAUCAUCCCUUUUGGUACAUCACCUGAGAUCCAGGUAGUUAUUCUUGAUGGAGCAGGGGGAACUCAAGCAGAGGCUCUGGCCCAAGAGCUGGUGAAUGAUGCCAAUUCUCACGGCUCAGCCCUGGGAAUAACCGAGGUUGAACUCCAGACAUCUUCUGAGAACACCACUGACCCUACUGGAACGAGCACCGCCAUGGUGGUCGGUGUCGUAUUUGGAGUUUUAGUUUUGCUCACCCUCAUUACCAUCUUGGUGGUCCUUGGUCGAAGAAGGGUUAUCAAAAUGCCGCCGAUGCCAUCGCUGAACAUUUUCAGGACGAACACGGACAUAGGAGAGCUUGGUGGGGAUCUUGACCGUGGGUUUGACAAUCCCAUCUUUGACAAACCCCACAUGAUGCCUGAUAUUCCCGGUCUGCACGGAACUGACCCUAACAGUGGGAUUUCCAUGACCCAGACAGGCGUCUACUUUGUGAACCCAGCUUUUGAUGAAAGUGAACAAACAGAUUUUAAUGCCUGAAAGUUUAAUUUGACUCAUGAGGCAGGUUUUAUUGAUGAAGUACUUGGUGAUUUUACAACAAUCUGCAUA